AUCUUAACAAAAUUAAAAUUAAAAAUUUGAAUAUUUUUAUAAAAAUAGAUAGUUAAUUGAGGAAGUUGUAGAGGCUAUAAUAGCGGAUUAUGGAUACGCUUGUUAGUCUUUUGAGCUUUUUAAGUAACUUUUCGUAAAUUCCAACAAAAUUUGGAGGUUAACCCAACAUAUAUUUCUCCAUUCCCCUUUUCUCUCAUAGUUUUUAUCCCAUUUUUAGUUUAGAAUUGUGCGAUUUCUCUCCACUUAGGGUUUCCUUCUCUGUGAAUAUUUGCUGGUUUUCGCGGCUUACAGGGACGCGUGAUCACGUUUUUUUCUUCAUUUCUAGGUGAAGUUAUGGCGUCGACCAUGGUGAUCAAGGUUAAGUAUGGGGAUACACUUAGACGCUUUAAUGCUAAGCUCAGCGAGGAUGAUGAGCUGGAGCUUGACAUGGCUGGAUUGAGGGCGAAAGUUGCUAGUCUGUUUAGUUUUAACCUUGAUGCUGAUAUAAUUAUGACAUAUGUCGAUGAAGAUGGGGAUGUUGUGUCACUUGUUGACGAUGAUGAUCUACGUGAUGCUAUGAGGCAAGAGCUAAAAUUUUUGAGGAUUAAUGUACAUCUGAACAAUGACAGAGGUGGUAGAUCAAAUGCUAGACCAAGUGGAAGUUCUACUCCUUCAAGAUCUCCUCAUGUUCAGCAUCCUUUGCCAAAUACGAGCUAUGUUGCUGCUGAAGUGUUGAAAUCUCUACCAGAGCCACUUGGGGCAGCACUUUUAAAGCUCUCUCUUGAUGGCGCUUCAAAAGUUGCAUCUUCAAAUCCAAUUGCAUCUGAGCUUGUUGAGUUCUUCUCAAAGAUGGGGCAGUCUUUACUGACUCCAGAUUCAGUGUCUCCCUCUGUUGGAGAGGCUGGCACACAAGACGAGGCUGCUGAGAUCCCCAGGGCUCCAUCAGCUGCUGCUGGAUCAAAUGAUGCUGGCAACCCACAAUUCUCCUCUAAGGCCCCAGAAUCAAGCCCAAAUAACAAUGAAGAAGUGCCCAAAAGCAAUCAGGUGGACGUGGGAAAUGUCCAUGGUUCUGGUCAUUUUCCUUUUGUUGAUCUUAAUAAACAUCCUGCUGAAUGUUAUGCAUUUGAGCCUACUCAUGUGAAGUCCGCAUCAGCCACUGUUGGUGAUGAUGAUGACAAGAAGAAGAAGAAGCAGGUAAACAGUGAUAAAGCAAAGCCGGUCGGUUGUGGUUGUGAUGCUUCCUCAAGUUCUGUCCCGACCUCUGGUUACGAUUUUAAUCCUUUCAAUGAAUGUCCACUUUCUGGAGUACCUGUUGUAGAUAAUCUCCCUUUGCCUCCUGUUGCCUUACGUCCCUGCCAUUCAUUUAAAAGAAAUCACGCUGAAACCAUGAGUGGUGGAAUAUUUCAUAGAGGCAUACGCUGUGAUGGCUGUGGUGUCCAUCCUAUAACUGGAACCAGAUACAAGUCUGAAGUGAAAGAAGACUAUGAUCUCUGCAGUAAUUGCUUUUCAGAAAUGGGUAAUGAGACUGAUUAUGUAAGAAUUGACCACCCAAUUCCUUUUCGUCAUCCACGGCUAUUCAAGGGUCCUCUUGGGAAAUUGCCACAACCAUUAGCCAGAACUCCUAUUUUAAGAGGUCUUGCGAUGAAGCCCCUUCGACCUCAUAAGCCUGAUAGGAGGCUUGACAGUCGCUUUGUUUUGGAUGUCAAUGUAAUGGAUGGUACCUUGAUGGCUCCAUCUACCCCGUUCACCAAAAUAUGGCGGAUGCAGAACAAUGGUGGUAUAGUGUGGCCUCGAGGAACCCAACUUUUGUGGGUUGGAGGAGAGCGCUUUUCUACUUCGCUUUCAGUUGAGAUGGAGAUUCCUGCUGACGGUGUUCCUGUGAACAAUGAGCUUGACAUUGCUGUUGAUUUUAUUGCACCCAAACAUCCUGGUCGAUACAUCUCCUACUGGAGGUUGGCUUCUCCUACUGGCCAGAAAUUCGGGCAACGUGUUUGGGUUCUUAUCCAGGUGGAUAAUUCUUUGAAGGACACUUUAUCCUCGAGUCUCCAAACUGUGACCUCGGAUCUGCCUUCAUCAAGCAGGGGCGACAAAUGCUCUCAAGUUGUGAAUGUGGAUCUCAAUACUGACGCGGAGCCUGACUUUUUCAGGCCUUGGUCGACAUCUUUCUCUGGUGAUAAUUCAGUACCCGUAGAACCUGAUGCAUCCAUAAUUGGAUGGAAGUCAAAAGAUGAACUGGAGCAGAACUUUCCCAUCAAUGACAGCUUGCUGGUUGAUCAACGUGUCUUAACCUCUCCUGCAACCGAGGCCUCGUCAUCUGUGUCUUAUCCAAUUAUUGAUUUGAGAGAGGAUGCAACUGCACCGGCUCCUGUGCCUGCAACUGCACCGGCUCCUGUGCCUGCAAUUGUACCGCGUCUUCCUAAAGCUUUAAUUGCACCGCCUCCUGUGCCUGUACUGGUACCGCAUCUUCCUAACACUGUAAUUUCACCGCUUCCUGCCCCUGCCCCUGCAACUGCUCCGGCUUUGUCACCUGUAAUUGUACCGCUUCCUGUUAGUGCAACUGCUCCGGCUUUGGCACCUGCAACUGCACCUGUACUGGUUCCAACCCCUGAAAUUUUGGUCAGUGCACCCUCGACUUCGUUAUCUCUUGUUGAUCCAACACCUGCAACUUUAGAGGAGAAUCUGCUUAAUGAACUUCAAGAGAUGGGGUUUAAGCAGACAGAGCUAAACAAAGAGAUCUUGCGGAUGAAUAAAUACAACCUGGAGCAGUCCCUGGAUGAUCUUUGCGGUGUUGCUGAGUGGGAUCCCAUCCUUGAGGAGUUGAUGGAAAUGGGCUUCUGUGAUACAGAAACGAACAAAAGACUGCUUGUAAAGAACAAUGGAAGUAUCAAGCGGGUAGUGAUGGAUCUUGUCAAUGGGGAGAGUGCCUAAACUGAAGACCUAUCUAGUCUAGUUCCUAACAGUAUAUAUUUCUAUAGAUAUUUCACCUAGUAUCGUAGUAUAUGUGUGGAAUAAAUGUGACACUUAGGUGCCAUCUAUGUUUAAGUUUUCUAUGCUUGGAUUUCUGGGGUUUCUUCAAGAGUCUUGAGAUUAUGGACAAGGGUUAUCUUUAUUAGACCUUUUUUUUUAAUAAUGUUAAUAUCUUCUUGUUAAAUAAAACUAGGAAAUAUUUUCUA